GCUUGCGGUCUCUUGGGAUGACUAUUGCACAGUGCUACGAGGAGGUUGGCCUUUUGCUGCUUUUCCUCUCUGUAGGAAUCUCUAUAUUUUCCACUGUGGAGUACUUUGUUGAGCAAGGCGUGCCAGGCACAACCUUCACAAGUGUACCUGGUGCUUGGUGGUGGGCAACGACUUCCAUGACAACUGUUGGUUAUGGUGACAUUAGACCAGACACUACUAUUGGUAAGGUAGUGGCCUUUAUGUGUAUACUAUCAGGAAUACUGGUUUUGGCAUUGCCAAUAGCUAUAAUAAAUGACCGCUUUUCUGCCUGUUACUUUACACUGAAGAUAAAAGAAGCUGCCCUUCGUCAGCGUGAAGCUUUAAAGAAACUCAUGAAGAACUCAUCCAGUGACUCUAAUAUCAAUGUUAAUUUGAGAGACAUAUAUGCACGCAGUGUCAUGGACAUGUUACGGUUAAAAAGCAGAGAGAGAGCAAGCACAAGGAGCAGUGGAGCAGAUGAUUUUUGGUUUUGA